GUCGGAUAAACAUCAGAUGAUGAUCAAAUAAUCACGCGCUUGUCUCGUACCCAGGUCGUCAGUCAGUAUUACCGGACAGUAAGUAUGGGUGUCUGGCCUGCGGUUACAUGCGUGCUCCUUCUGUCCGCUGGCGGGCUGUGCGCGCCCUGCACUGAGACAGAAUGUCAGCUGCCCGACUGUUUCUGUAGCGGGACGACCGUGCCGGGGAACCUGAACCCCGCCAACGUGCCGCAGAUCGUGCUGGUGACGCUGACAGACGCCAUCCGGCAGGACCUGGACUUCAACUACUACUCCAAACUCUUCAACCCCAACAAGACCAACCCGAACGGCUGUCUGCCCACCUUCACCGUGUUCGUGUCACAUCCCUACACCAACUACUAUGAGGUGCAGACCAUGCACUCGUUGCGGCACGAGAUCGCCGAUAACUCCAUCACCCGGCGCGGCCCGGCGUCCUGGUGGGCAGAGGCUAACUCCACGGAGUGGGAGAACGAGGUGGGCGGGAUGCGGGAGAUCCUGGCCAAGUGGGGACAGGUUCCUGCUGACGACGUCAAGGGCUUCCGUGCUCCUUAUUUACAGAACGGAGGUGACACGGAGUUCGAAGUUCUUGCGGGGACUCUGAAGCUAACCUACGACACGACCCGCCCUACCCGCAUGUUCAUGCGCCCGCCCAUGUGGCCGUACACUCUGGACUACGACACCAUCCAGGAGUGCGCCAUCCCGCCAUGUCCCACAGCCUCGUACCCAGGCUUCUGGGAGGUGCCGAUCGUCGAUCUGCAGGACGAGAACGGGAACCCGUGCAAUGAGCUCGCCGGCUGCGCCAAGCCUGGCUCGGAGGAGGCCGCCUACCUCCUACUGAAGUCCAACUUUGACCAGCACUACAACAGCAACAGGGCCCCCUUUCAUGUGCCCCUCACUGCAGCCUGGUUCGAGGCUUCUCCAGACAUUACCUUCGAGGCCACGCGCAGGUUCUUUAAUGACAUCAUGGACAUGGACCACGUGUGGCUGGUGACCAUCAGCCAGGCUAUAGAAUGGGUCCGAAACCCCACACAGAAUGACGACCUGAACGACUUUGAGCCGUGGAAGUGUGAGGGUGAACCGCCGGCGGUGUGCGACGAGAAUGCGGUGAACACCUGCAGGUACGGAGACGACGUCCUCAUCACGUGCACCACGCCCUGCCCUCCCAACUACCCCGGCUACGGGAACCCGGACGGGAACUAAGGAGACCGAGCAGCAAACCACAUCAAUAGGAACAGUGCCGGGAUCAGGAUAUAGAGCAAUCAACUUGUAGAGUUAACCCUGUGGAAUUGUUAGUCCCUUUUAAAAGUUUGCAAAAUCUGAGUUUAUGCUUCCUUUCUGUAGCAACAUUUCCUCCACCUGUAUUUCAUACAAGACUACUCCGAUUUCUUCUUCCUUGAAGUCUAAAUGCCCGGCUAUUAAUUAAUAAAUGCGGUAAUUGUA